CUCAAUACCACUUCUUGCUAUCUAGACUACAAACAUGCAGCAUUGUGAUUUUGUUGACAUAAUAGAUUUUAUGUCUGAUAAAUUUGACAAAGUGCAGAUGGUGAGAAAUACACCUCCAUUGAUUUGGGUCAGGCCUGCAACGAGAAACAGAAUUGAUCACAGGAAACAAAGAAAGAGAGGAAGAAUUUUGUCAAGGUUGAGGCGUAACCGCCAUAGAAUGCAAGAUGGCAACCCUGUCGCUGAAGAUCAGCGUUGUUCAAAGCAAUGCCGUCAAAACAAUGCAAUUCGAACCAUCCACCAUAGUAUAUGAUGCUUGUCGUAUAAUUCGAGAACGUGUAGGAGAGGCAAAUCAAGGCAAUCCAUCUGAGUAUGGUUUGUUUUUAGCAGACGAAGAUCCUAAGAAGGGAGUAUGGCUAGAACAGGGAAGAAGUUUGGAGUAUUAUCUCCUCAGAAAUGGAGAUCUUUUGGAAUACAAAAAAAAGCACAGAAUAUUAAAGGUGCGAACGUUGGAUGGAGCUUUAAAAACUCUACAGGUAGAUGACAGUCAUACUGUUGGUGGAUUGAUGGUUACCAUCUGUACAAGAAUGGGUAUAACAAAUCAUGAAGAAUAUUCUCUAGUUAGAGAAUUAGCUGAGGAUGAGAAAGAGAAAACCCUCACAUUAAAACGAGAUAAGUCAAUAGCCAAAGAUCAAAAGAAACUGGAAGAAAUGAAGAAAAAAUUACACACAGAUGAUGAUAUGAAUUGGCUGGAUCAUUCUAAAACUCUUCGAGAACAAGGCAUAGAUCAAAAUGAAAUUCUGCUUCUCAGACGAAAAUUUUUCUUUUCUGACCAGAAUGUAGAUGCUCGAGAUCCUAUACAGUUGAAUUUACUGUAUGUACAGUCUCGAGAUGCUAUUCUAAAUGGUACACAUCCUGUUAGUUUGGAAGAGGCUAUUAAGUUUGGUGGAAUUCAGUGUCAAAUACAAUUUGGCGACCAUGUUGAUUCGAAACAUAAAUCAGGAUUUUUAGAUUUAAAAGAGUUUCUUCCUAAAGAAUAUCUGAAAGUAAAAGGAGCAGAGAAGAAAAUUUUUCAGGAACAUAAACAACAUGCAGGUUUAUCAGAAAUUGAAGGAAAAGUAAAAUAUACACACCAAUGUCGUUCGCUAAAAACAUAUGGUAUCACUUUCUUCCUUGUAAAGGAAAAAUUAAAAGGAAAAAAUAAGUUAGUUCCUCGUUUAUUGGGUAUAACUAAAGAAAGUGUUGUUCGUGUUGAUGAAAAAACCAAAGAGAUCAUGAAAACUUGGCCGUUAACUACAGUAAGAAGAUGGGCUGCCUCUCCUAAUAGUUUUACUCUGGAUUUUGGUGAUUAUUCUGAUACAUAUUAUUCUGUACAAACAACAGAAGGUGAACAAAUCUCUCAACUUAUUGCUGGUUAUAUUGAUAUUAUUCUAGGCAAGAAAAAAGCUAAAGAUCAUCUGGGUAUAGAUGGUGAUGAUAAUUCUAUGAUGUUAGAAGAUAAUGUUGCACCAGCCAAGGCGACAAUUAUUCAACAUAAUACAAGUAAAGUUAGCCAUGCUAGUUCUGGUAAUGUAGCUAUACCAGCUGUUAUACGUGAUGGUGGACAAGGUGAAUCACAGUAUGGUACCGGUUCAAUGCAGUCAGCCAUGUAUACACAGGUUACAAACCAAUCUAUCAGUGGACAUUCUGCUGCUCACAGUGAAAAGAGCCGUGAAGAAGUUGGUUUAAAUAAAGCUCAGAGAGCGUUAUUAUUGACAAUAGAAGAAGGUUUGUCGUCUGUUAAUGCUGCGCAGAGUCAACUUGAACAUAAAGCAGAUUUACCUACUCUUGGUUCUGAUCCAGCAUCAAAGAAAUGGAGAGAAGAUGCGCUAGAUGUGUCAAGACAGAAAGUAGGAAGUCAGCUGUCUGCCAUGAACGCUGCUACAGCACAAUUAGUUACAUUAACAUCGGGUAAUCAAGAUGAAAUAGAUUAUACUGCCGUCGGUUCAGCUGUCAAUCAAAUUUCAUCUAAUCUGGGAGAGUUUAGUGGAGAUGUAAAGAUGUUGGCUGCACUACAAGAUGACUCUAAUAGUGGUAAUAAGUUAAUGGAUGCUGCUAGACGUUUAGCUGGUGCCUUCAGUAAUCUCUUACAAGCUGCACAACCCGGUUCAUCAGAGCCCCGAUUACAAUUAUUAUCAGCCGCAGGUAAAAUUGGUGAAGCCAGUCAAGAAGUUAUGGAUAAUGUUGGCGAAACAACUGAAGAUAUGGACAAAGCCUAUCAGGAUACACUACUAUCUCUAGCUAAAGCUGUCGCUAAUGCUACAGCAGCUCUAGUUCUAAAAGCUAAAACAGUGGCUAAUAAAACUGAAGAUCAGGGAUUACAGAAUAAGGUUAUCAGUUCUGCUACACAAUGUGCUUUAGCAACCUCACAACUUGUGGCUUGUACUAAGGUUGUAGCACCAACAAUAGGUCAUCCAGCUUGUCAAGAACAACUUAUAGAAGCAGCUAAACUUGUGGCUAAAUCUGUAGAAGGUAUUGUUGAAGCUGCCCAGGGGGCUUGUAGAGAUGAUUAUGUAUUACAAGAUCUAGGUGGAGCGGCUACACUUGUUACCAAGGCUCUUAAUGAUUUAUUACAACAUAUCAAAAAGGCUGCUGGUCCAACAAAGGCAGCAGAAAUACAUGAAGAAGCUGUUGAUCAGAUUAUUACAACCACAGAUAGAUUAUUUAGUAGUGUCGGUGAUGCUCAUGAGAUGGUAAAAAAUGCUCGACAACUAGCACAGGCUACAUCCCAACUCGUCACAGCUAUACGUAGUCAAGCUGAAUCACAUCCAGAUACAGAUGUACAAAAACGUCUAUUGGCUGCUGCUAAACAACUAGCUGAUGCUACAGCUAAUCUAGUCGAGGCUGCUAAGGGUUGUGCCACUAGCCCCAAUGAUUCUAAUCAGCAGAUGAUGUUACGUUCUGCUGCAGAAGAACUGAGAUCAGCGACCAAUUCAGCUGCUAGUAACGCCUUGAAGAAAAAACUUGUCAAGAGAUUAGAGAAUGCUGCAAAACAAGCAGUAUCAGCUUCAACACAACUCAUUAAUUCUUCUAAACAAGCUAAUAAAUCCAACCAUAAUACAGCCUCACAACAACAAUUGUCUGCACAAUGUCAGGUGGUUGAUGAAGAGAUACCUAACUUAGUACAGGGUAUUAGAGCUGCACAGAGACAUUAUGAUAGUGCAUCAGCACAACUUGGUCUUAUUAACGCUAGUCAGGAAUUUAUUCAGCCAUGUAGUAGAUUGAUGGCCCAGGCUAAUUCUGCUGCUCCUACUGUAGCUGACCAGUCUUCAGUUCUAACUCUAAAUAAUAAUAUAAAAGCCAUGGCUACAGCUCUAGCCGAACUUAGAUCAGCUGCUGCCAAGGCCCAGGAAGCUUGUCAUUCACUAGAAGUUGAUAGUGCUUUAGAUCAACUAAGAGCUUUAGAUAGAGAAUUAGAUGGUGUACAAAGAUCAGCUGAAACUGGUAAUUUGUUACCUUUACCAGGAGAAACGGCAGAGACAGCAGCUUUACAACUUGGUGCUACAUCUAAAACAGUUGCUUCUUCUAUGUCACAAUUACUGACGGCAGCUGCACAGGGUAAUGAAGAUUAUGUAGGAAUAGCUAGUAGAGAUACAGCUAAUGCCUUAAAGAUAUUAACAUCAGCUGUUCGGGGUGUUGCUGCUACUACUAAAGAUGAACAAAUUCAACAUAAUAUUGUUGGUAGUGCUCAUGAUGUUAUGGAUAAAUCCAUAAGAUUAUUAGAAGAAGCCAAAUGUGCUCUCCAAAACCCUUCUAAUCCUGAAAACAGUCAACGCUUAACACAGGUGGCUAAAUCUGUAGCUAAUGCUUUAUCUAACUGUAUAAACUGUUUACCUGGACAAAGAGAUGUAGAUAAUGCUAUACAACAAAUAACAGUUUCCAGUCAGAUGUUAGCUAAUCCAUCCUUCCCUAAUACAAAUAAAAACUACAACGAAGUACAGUCUGAUAUGAAUAAUGCCGCCGUUAAUUUAAAUCAAGCUGCUAGUGAUAUAGUUACAGCUUCUAGAGGUGCUACAAGUCAGUUAGCUUCGUCAUCUAAUCGUUAUGGACAGUGUUAUCAAGAGUUUGUGCACAAUGGUUUAACUAUGGCCGGAUUAACCAAAGAUUAUGAAACUCAGAAUCAGAUUGUAGGAGGAUUAAAGAGUGUAUCUAUGGUAUCUAGUAAAUUAUUACUAGCCGCUAAAUCUGUAUCUGCAGAUCCCAAUGCACCAAAUGCUAAAAAUCUCUUGGCGCAAGCUGCAAGAGCUGUGACUGAGAGUAUUAACCAUCUGAUUAAUAUCUGCACUGUGUCUGCUCCUGGUCAAAAAGAAUGUGAUAAUGCCCUGCGACAAAUACAGAUGAUGAGAAAUGUUUUAGAUAAUCCUAAUGAACCUGUGAGUGAUAUGACAUAUUUCGAUUGUUUAGAUAGUGUGAUGGAGAAGUCCAAGCAAACUCAGGCUGAUGGUCAUUUAAAGGCAUUAGGUGAUGCUAUGACAGGAAUCUCUAAUCAUGCUAAAAGAAAUGAUAUUGAUGAUUUCUGUGAUUCAGUUCGUAACUUUGCCAAUUCUAUUUGCGGUCUAACAGAAUCAUCUGCUCAGGCAGCCUAUUUAGUAGGAAUCGCUGAUCCAGCUUCUGAACCUGGUCGACCGGGUAUAGUAGAUCAGUCACAGUUUGCCCGUGCUAAUCAAGCAAUACAGAUGGCUUGUCAGAACCUCACAAAUCCAGCCAGCUCUCAACAACAGGUGAAUGCCCAAGCCCAGUAUUACGAAUCCUGGACCAUACGGUCAAUGGUUCUGUCUGCUGCUACUGUUGUGGCCAAACACACGUCUGCCUUAUGUAAUGCCUGUCGUGUUGCAUCCUCCAAAACCGCUAACCCUGUUGCCAAGCGACAUUUUGUACAGAGUGCUAAGGAUGUUGCUAACAGUACAGCUAUGCUAGUCAAAGCAAUAAAAGCACUGGACCAAGACUUUACUGACCAAAAUAGACAGAAGUGUGCUGAAGCUGCUCGUCCUUUAGUUGAUGCUGUGGAAGAACUAACUACAUUUGCUUCAUCACCAGAAUUUGCUAGUAAACCAGCUAAAAUCAGUCCUAAGGCUCGACAAGCUCAAGAACCAAUCACUUCUGCUGGUAAAUCCAUGAUUGAUGGUGCAUGUAAUAUGUUACAAGCCGCUAAACAAUUAGCUGUUAAUCCAAGAGACCCGCCAACAUAUCAGAUGUAUUCCAAUCAUUCAAAGAGUGUGUCUGAUUCUAUCAAACAAUUAGUUUCUUCCAUCAAAGGUUCAGCACCUGGUCAGAAUGAAUGUGAUGAAGGUAUUGAGAAGAUUAAUAGAGUUAUCCGACAGUUAGAUCAAGCUUCUUUAGCCGCCAUCAGUCAGAAUUUACACCCACAGAGCGAAAAAUCACUUGCGGCCUUCCAAGAACAGAUGAUAAACAGUGCUAGAGAAAUAUUAGAAAAGAUUGACUUUGUACGUAAUGCUGCUAAAAGAGAACCUGAAAAUUUGGGUCAUUUGAUAACCACAAUUACAUCAUAUUUUGAACCAUUAUCGUAUAGUGCUAUAGGUACAGCAUCUAGGAACAAUAACUCUAAACAACAAAUGAAUAUAUUAGAUCAAACUAAAACAGUCGCAGAAUCAGCUUUGCAAUUUGUUUAUGCAGCUAAAGAAGGUGCUGGAAAUCCCAAGUCAUCUCAUGCACAUCAACCUAUUGAUAAUGCAGCUGAUGAUAUGAAAGAUGUUUUAAUAGAUUUAUUACAAACAAUGGAAGAAGCUGCAUCACAGACAGGUGUUGUUUCCAGUAUGAUUGACAGUAUAUCCAAAUCUAUUACAAAGAUUGAUGAAAGAAUAGCUGUAGGAGAGAAAGCAUCAUUUGUAGAUUAUCAAACAGAUAUGGUUAGACUAGCUAAACAAAUAGCUAGAACAGCACAAGAUAUGACUGGAAAAUCUACAACUAAUGUGAGCGAUCUAGGUCAAUUGGCCAAUCAGAUGACACGAGACUAUAGUCAGUUGGUCAGUAAUUCUAGGGGUGCUGUAUCUUCUACAACCAAUGUUGAUGUUUCUCACCGUAUUCAAUCAACAGUACAAGAUUUAGGUAAAUCUAUGAUUGAGAUUGUACAAGAUGCUGGUAAUUUACAGAUGAAUCCAACAGAUGAAUAUGCUAGAAGAGAUCUAUCAGAUCAUGCUAGAAGUAUAUCAGAAAAGGUGUCGUUUAUCUUAGCUGCUCUCCAGGCUGGAUCACGUGGUACACAAGCCUGUAUUAAUGCUGCUAGUACUGUUAGUGGUAUUAUAGGAGAUCUAGAUACAACUAUAAUGUUUGCUACAGCUGGUACAUUAAAUCCGGAAGGAGAUGAAUCAUUCGCAGAUCACAGAGAUAAUAUUCUAAAAACAGCCAAGGCUUUAGUUGAAGACACAAAAACACUUGUUGCUGGAGCAGCUUCUAAUCAGGAACAAUUAGCUUCUGCUGCUCAACAAGCUGUUAAAACUAUCACUAGAUUAGCAGAUGUGGUUAAAUUUGGUGCUGGUUCUCUUACUUCAGAACAACCAGAAGCACAGGUUCUAUUAAUUAAUGCUGUUAAAGAUGUUGCGUCUGCUCUCUCAGAUUUAAUCAGCGCUACUAAAAAUGCAUCUGGUAAAGAUGUACAAGAUCCAGCUAUGCAUCAUCUAAAAGAUUCAGCUAAGGUAAUGGUAACUAAUGUUACAUCGUUGUUAAAGACUGUUAAAACUGUGGAAGAUGAGGCUGUACGGGGUACUAGAGCUCUUGAAUCAACUAUUGAAGCCAUUAACCAAGAAAUUAAGGCUUAUGACACCACAGACACUAUUGGUAAGAAGGCAACUGCAGAAGAUCUGAUUCGUUACACCAAACCCAUUACAGCGGCUACAGCCAAGGCAGUGGCAGCAGCCAAUUCCAUGAAACAAGAGGACAUUAUAGCUGCAUCUAAUAUGGGGCGUAAAGCCAUUAUGGAUUUACUUCAUAAUUGUAAGGCUGCAGCUGCAAAUGCAGAAACAUCUGAAAUUCGACAGAGAGCUAUCAAUGCUGGUAGAAUGUGUGGUACAGCUUAUAGAGAAUUAUUAGAACAUGUUCACAUGGUUCUUUCAAAACCUUCACAAGAAGGUAGACAGACAUUAUCUUUGAUAUCGAGGAAAGUAGCUAAUGCUGUCACAGAAUUAAUGCAGUCAUCAGAAGCUAUUAAAGACUGCUUACCGCGACCAAGACGAGAUUCUAUUGAAAUUCGAUGGUCGUACAUACCAGGUCAGGAUUGGGUGGAUCCAGAUGACCCUACUGUUAUUGCUGAAAAUGAAUUACUUGGAGCAGCCAACUCCAUUGAAGCUGCUGCUAAGAAGUUAGCGGCACUGAAACCACGACAAGCAAUAAGACAAGCAGAUGAAAGUUUGAAUUUUGAAGAACAAAUUUUGGAUGCUGCUAAAUCUAUUGCUGCUGCAACUGCUGCCCUUGUUAAGUCGGCUUCUGCUGCACAAAGGGAAUUGGUUGCACAAGGAAAGGUUGGAUCAACGUUCCACAGACACACUUUAGAUGAAGAUGGACAAUGGUCACAAGGUUUAAUAUCUGCUGCCAAGAUGGUGGCUGCAGCAACACACAGUUUAUGUGAAGCGGCCAACUCGAUGGUUCAGGGUCAUGCAAGUGAAGAGAAAUUGAUAGCAUCUGCCAAGGAAGUGGCUGGUUCCACUGCCCAGUUACUCAUGGCUUGUAAAGUUAAAGCUGAUCCAGGUUCUGUUGCUAUGCAGCGUUUACAGGCUGCUGGCAAUGCUGUUAAGAGAGCUACAGAAGCAUUAGUUAGAUCGGCUCACCAAGCUAAAGAUUAUACUGAUGAAGAAGCCAGUGUUACUGUUAAUAAACGUAUGGUAGGCGGUAUCGCACAGGAAAUAAUGGCCCAGGAGGAAAUAAUAAGAAAAGAAAAAGAAUUGAUAGAUGCCCGAAAGAGAUUAGCCUAUCUACGUAAAGAAAAAUAUAAAGAUAGACCAGAAGAAUAUGAUUCAUCCUCGUCGUUUUAAAACCAUCAUCAUGUGUGCCUGUACUGCUUCUUUCAUGUCACGCUUAUUCCCUGUAGAUAUUGAUAGGUACUUCUAGAGCAAUAACAUUACCUAAUUAGUUCUUAAUUGAACACUAUAUCUGAAAACAGUUAUGGCAAACUACUCUGUAAUUUGUUGGACAAAAAUACAGUUGUAUGUCUGUUAUUCUUGACUUGGUUAGUUUUGACUGUAGAAUUUGUUCAGCUUUGAAAUUGUCUGUAUGGUGCUAUCUAAUCAUUGAGGCUGUUCUGUAUUGUAUGAUUUAACCGAACAAGAGUGAUAUUAUUAGCUAGUUUGUGUUUAUAGAACUACUAUAUCUCACUUUACAUACCCAGGCAUCAGUUUAAUUUAAAUCAUGUAGAAAGAAUGGUUGCCAAUAACAACUAGCAUAUAUCUUGUCUAUCUACCUACCUACCUACCUAUAUGUUAAAUUUGUAUGUGAGGACUUAUAUACAAUAUAAAGUCCUUCAUAUAAACCAAUUGUAUAUUAUAUUACGAUUUGUAUAGAAAUGAAUCAAAUAUUAUAAAUACUAUUUAGGGAUAUACCAUUUUUAUAACUUGAGAUAUAUGUUGAAGUGUAUUUAUGAAGUUUUUUUGUUACUGAUUUAGUUGGUAGUGUUAUAUUUUUGUUUCUUUCAGCUACAAAUCUGUUUUAAACAAUAUCUUUGAAUUCCCCAUCGUUUACAAAAUUUAAUCAGGGACUUGUAAUACUAAUUGCGAUGUGUUGGUCCUAAAAUUUGUCAGUGGUAAAAUUUGUUCAGAUCUGAUAUGAGGAAUAAAACCAUGCAUUUUUUAACAAAAAAAAAAGGUUUUCUAAUUAUUGGGGCCAUUUUGUUUAAAAAAUAAAUAUUUGGGAGCUUUUUUUGGUGCUUAUUUAAAAGAAAAAUUAUAUUUUAUGUCUAAUACUUCUUGACUACGUAAUAAUGUAGAGAUCAUGACGCAAUAUGACACCAUGAUGUUUUAUUGAGAUUAAAUCACAAAAUACAGUCAUCUACAUAUCGUCGUAUUAUUGAUUUGUUGGUAUUUAUAGUGGAGAACAAAAUGAUUAACUUUAAUUUUGUGUAUGUGUAUUAUGUCAUUUAGGGUGCUAUUUUUUUUAUUUAAUUUAAACUUUGUUAUGUAUUAAUAUUAUUCGAUAUUUUACUACAUAUAUCAGAUCUUUAACCCAUAAGAAAUACAUUUUAUUGCAAUACUCAGUUCAACAUAUCCAUAGUUUACUUAUCUGCUACCUCUUGUCAAGGUAUCUAAUCAUGAAGAGAUCGUGUUCUAUUUGUUUGGAUUCAUAUUUUAAAGCGCAAAUAUUAUUUCUUACAAAACUAGAGAGCAUUGUUUUAGACAACUCAAGUUUUAGAAGCUUUCUCAUCGGUGUAAGGUCUAUGGAAAAACUGGCUGCACCUUGCUUAAAGAAUAUACUACUGGUAUUUAUUAAAUUAAACAAGUAAGAAUAUGGACCAGGAAUCGAGUAUGAUGUCAUCACCACCAUCUUGGAAUUGUGAAUUAUCAUAUAUUGAUGUCCACAAAUCGAUAUGCGAGCAUGUUUCAUGUCACUAGUAUUUGAAUUGGCACAGUUUUGGGCUUUUUUCGAAGAGCGUCAACCCCAAAGAAGAACAUAAAGAUGAAAGUGCAUACGGACAAGUUCCUGGUCCAAAAAUGCUUUAGUAAGAAAUUUUUAGAAAGAUGCCAUCUGUUUUUUUUAUCACGUAUGACAUUUGAUAGAUGAUUAGUUUGUUGAAUGUAGUAAUUAUUAGGCUACCAUUAGUGCCAUUAUAUGUAGAGUGAAGCAGUGCUAUUUUUUAUGUUUCAAUGAAUUCUUUUUGAUUUUGAUAAUUGAAUAGCUUGUUUUAAAGAAAAUAAUAGAUCACUGUUUUGAUAAUGUAUAUAAUAGAUAAUGCUGGCAUUUCUCUUCUACACAACACAGUUGAACUUGGUUCCAUUUACAACACAGAAUGUACAAAGCAUGAAAUAUUAUAUUGCAUAUCAUUGUAUCUUUUAUGUAGCAGAUUUUGUCUUUGUAAAAUAAAUGCAUACUACAUUUA